GGGGCGGGGCCGGGAGCGGAGGCCGCGCCAGUCAGUGCCAGGGCCGCGGCCAUGGCGGCUGGCGGGCCGCUGUCGGGCUGCGUGUGCGUGGUGACCGGCGCGUCGCAGGGCUUGGGCAAGGGCAUCGCGCUGCAGCUGGCGGCGGCGGGCGCCACCGUGUACGUGACGGGGCGGCGGGCCGAGGCGCUGGCGCGGGCAGCGGCCGAGGUGUCGUCGCGGGGCGGGCGCUGCGUGGCCGUGGUCUGCGACUCGUCGCAGGACGAGCAGGUGGCGGCGCUGCUGGAGCGGGUGCGGCAGGAGCAGGGCGGCCGCCUGGACGUGCUGGUCAGCUGCGCCUUCUCCGGGGUGGAGGCCAUAGUCGCGCAGCAGGGCCGGCCCUUCUGGGAAAGCCCAGCCACUCUGUGGGACGACAUCAACAAUGUGGGGCUGCGGGGCCACUACCUGUCCCUGCGCCGCUGCCGCCUAAUGGUGUCGGCGGGCCACGGGCUGCUCGUGGUGGUGUCGUCGCCUGGCGGCCUGGGCUACAUGUUCAAUGUGCCCUAUGGCGUGGGCAAGGCCGCCUGCGACCGCCUGGUGGCCGACUGCGCCCACGAGUUGCAUGCCUACGGCGUGGCCUGCGUGGCCCUGUGGCCCGGGAUGGUGCGCACCGAAAAGGUGCUGAAGGAGCAGCACGGCACAGGCCCGAUGGCUGAGAAGAUACAGGUGAUGAUGGGCAUGUCGGAGACCCCCGAGGCCAGCGGCAAGUGUGUGGUGGCCUUGGCGGCUGACCCCCACAUCAUGGCCCACAGCGGCAAGGUGCUGCUCACCCCUGACCUCGCCCGCCACUAUGGCUUCCAGGAUGUGGAUGGGAAGCCCAUCUUCAACUACAUGGCGGUGCGCAAUGUGCUGACCAUGCUGAAGCCGCAGCUGUCCCGCUUCUUCCGCCUCAUCCCGGAGUGUCUCACCGUCCCCAAGUGGGUCAUCGCCCUCUACGCCAGCAAGUUCAGAGCCUACUCUGCCCUGGAGCCGGCCCCGCUGCCUAAGAAACAAGACUGACCGAACCGCAAAUGACUUUUUUCAAAAAAGAUUUCUAGCCCCCCCUUAGCUCUUUCCCUGAAAAAGUUCUCUUGCCUUCCUCUCUUUCAGUGCCAGCCUCAUGGGAGUUUGUUCUGAGGUGAGGCUCGGAGCGGGUGGGCUGAGGCUGUCUGUCUCUUUCCUGGAGAUUAAGGUGAUUCUUGACAGUCUUUUAAAUUUCCUCCCCCCUGCCCCAAAGUUUUACAGGGAUUGCUGCUUUCCUACCAUUUCCCAGACCUAGGUAGCAGCUAUUCCCACGAGUUUCCGGCCAUCUGAAGAUUGUAGACAUUUUGUUUGGGGUCCAGUUGUUCACCUGUUUCCUAGAAGGUUUUAACUUCACAGUUAGCCUUUCUGCCUAAGAGUUUUGCAUUAGAACACUUAAAAAAAGACCCUGUAGAUUAUGAGUUCACUUUAGCAGCCAUAAUCCACAUUGCACCUAGUUAUGCUGGUUUAGCAGGGAUAUUCUGAAUGGAUAAUGCCACACAUAUUUAAGACAGGAUUAUAUCUUGGUUUCAGUGUAUUUGGCUGGCUUAUUUCCCUCCUCCUUACAGUCCUUAUCAUAGGCCCCAAUGGAUUCCUUGUGCUGUAACAGCUUAGAUCUUAUUGGAUCAACUGUAAAGCUGGGAGACAUGUGAGACAAACUUUCAGGCAUGCCCUGCUGCAUGUCUGGGGACCUGAGUUCUGAAGACCCGAGAAGGGGCAGUUUGGGCCCAAAAGUUCAUCUCACACCUCUCCUAGCUGGUCCAAUGGUCCAGUGCAAGAUAUUGCCAAACAAGCGUUGCUUCUUGCGUGUUCCGCUGGACCCUCACAGCUGCAGCAGCACACCAGCCCUACUUCAUCAUGUCAGCUCACAGCUAGAAAAUGUCAGUCAGGCGUGCCUUUCAAAUAUAUUGUGAAGUUAGGAAAGCAGGCGGCUACACAUGUUAGCUUGCAGUUCUGCUCAAAUAAGCAAUCACAAAAAAUAGCAUGGUGGAAAUUAAUUUGUUGUAUCUGUUUAUUUGUUCAUUUGAUUCAUGCUCAAUGUAAUGUAGUUUUGUUUUGCUUUAUGCUGUAAUCACUGCUAUCACUAUAGGCUCGAUCUGGAGUGAGUCAAGCUGUGUCUAGUUUCUCGAUAAUACAUUUUCUGCAUAUCAGA